AUGGUGCAUCCGGGACCGGCCAUGCGUGAUCAGGUUUUCGCAUCCUUCAUCCAGCGUUAUUUUCCCACUCAAAAUUCCCCGUCGACCCUUCGCGCCGAGGAGUUUUUAGUCUGCAACAUCGGAUGUCUACCCCAAAAGGGUGGGAUGGUUGAUAGAGCCGUUUCCGCAAUUUCCUGUCUCUUCUUGGGGAAGACUAAUCGCGAUGCUCCGAUCUUCCAGCACGGAGUGCAGCUAUUCAACGGUGCGAUGCGACAAGUGUCUAAUAUGAUACGUCGAGGUAGUUUAACUAAUGAGACCUUAUACGCCGUUGCUAUAUUCCAGGAGAUCAAUGCACUGUAUGCUCCGAACGGUCUAGGUGCUUUGGGUACCCAUGUGGCAGGGAUGAACACCCUCUUAGAAUACUUCAGGGCGAAGGAACAGAGUGAUCCCAUAAUUGAUGCGAUUCAUCACUACCAACAAAAGUUCAAUAUUAUUUACACAUCAACGGGGAUGAAUAUCUCAAAAUCAGAAUACGAUCUCAUUAUGGAGCCCACAAAUGGUGAUCCAUUGCUUGAGACUCUCCAGACCACUGUCGCUAUCGGGAUUUUGAAAUCGAAAAUCGAUUCAGUCAAGCAUGCUGACCUAAGGGCAUGUCAAAAUCUACUACAACGAUGCUACGAGGUACAGGAUCACCUCAUAGGAUUAUAUACAGGUGGCCAACUUAGCAACGAGCCGUCAGCGCUCGACUAUGCUGGAAACACAUCCCAACACAUUGAAAAUACAGGCGUUCCUCCCCCAGAGUUGUUGUUUGGCCACGCAUAUGAUUUUUCAUCGCCAAACGAUGCGAUUCUCUAUAUCAUGUUAUGGACUCAUCUAGCUAUGCUUCAGCCAUUGAUUUCUCGUGCAUCCCGUCUGGUCCAGUUUCACACAAGCUCGCUGAUUGGAAACCCUCCAUCGCAAAAUGAAGAUCUGGAGUCUGUUAUUCUAGAAGCACACGCAGACAGAAUAGCUCGCGCGAUGCCCUACUGCUUUCAGGGGAGCAUGGGAUUAUCAUGUUGCAAAAUUGCGUUAUUCGCUAUGUGUAUGGUUUCACUCAACUACGUUGACAGCGGCAAUCGCGAGAAACAUGAGUGGUGCCGGGAAGUGAUUCGGCAUAUAGCAGCUUGCGGGUUUGAUGUUGCCUCUCAUCUUUACAAACUAACCGGCUAUCAAUGGGUGCGCCGAUGGGUCGGGGCAGAUCCGCUCACUUGUAUAUCUCUACGGCAGACGAACAGUCUUGUCUGUAGUUCGAAUCCGGUAGCUGUAUCAAAAACAACGGAGAGUCGUGAUGAAUAUGCAUCCAUUCACUAUGCUGAUGAACUGGUGCUCGGCAGGCAGACUACACUUGACUGA